AUGCGCCAGCGAUGUUUGGAAACGUUUUUGCGGGUUCUGUGUUCGCUGCCCUGGCUGACACGACGGCAGCAAUGCCAUUUUUCCUUUUCGGGAGGUUGUCAAGAUGAUCAAGGCUCUGAUCUUCGUAGUCUUUUCAGCGCAGCACAAGCCACUGCAGAGAAGGAGGGCACUCGCUUGGCACUGCUCCGCCUCUUGCUCUUUUCCGGCCCCAUGGAUGGCGCCUUUUGCAUGGUGCUGGGCCUGUUGGGAGUGAGCCCGCAGCACUUCAUGCUUGGUCACACGUUGGCCUCGUGGAGGUUCUCGCUGGAAUAUGCCUGUUUCGGAGCCAUGCUGACGAAUGGUUGGGGUGAGCAGGCCGAGUUGCUGGUCAUCUUGCGGCUGGUUCUUGCGCUCAUCUCGGGGAUCCUGGUUACAAGCUUCGCAGCCCCGGUCAGCGAGCAGUUGUGA